GGGAGUGGAGGGGUGUCGCUGGCUCGUCUAGCCCCUGCCUCUAAGUGACAGGACCCUGUACAGCAACACUUCUAGCCGGUCACGAAGUUUGUCGGUCCUUGCUUUGGCUGAGCUGAGGAUCGUCCCUGUGGCUGGCUGACUGUGAGGCACAACCUCAACCCCAGUGUGCGAAUUGUUGUUCAGGUGGUAACCACAGGAAGCAGAAGUCACCUCAGCAGUGUUUGGUCCCUGCCAAAAUUUCUCUUUGGAUAUACUGCAUAUGAAGUUUAUUAGAUCCUGCUUUGAUGUUGUCUGAAGCUGGCCACUAGGUGUGUUGGUUCUGCACUUUGAGAAGGACUCUGGUACAAGCCAGUGUAAGACACUACCUAUAACUGGCUUUUGCAUAGUUUGAGGCUACUGCUGCAGGACCUGGAUCUCACAGGAAGGACCAGGAAAAUUACAACUAUACCUGAAAACAAAUACCACCCAGAACCAUCAGAAAAUUGAGCUGUAUGGAAGUCCAACAACCAAGGAUUUAAAGAAGCCACAAUCAUCCAGGCGGAUACAUGGAGAAUGACAGAGAGCAGGCAUUUUGGAAAGCAAAGAUGGGGAGAAAAGUUGCCUACACUAUAAAACUUCCUGUUGACCAGUACAGAAAGCAAAUUGGUAAACAGGAUUAUAAAAAAGCCCACCUUAUUUUACGAGCUACCAAAUUGAAAGCAGAAGCAAAGAAAACAGCAAUAGGAAUAAAGGAAGUUGGCCUUCUACUGGCAGCUAUAUUGGCCCUCCUCCUGGCGGUGUAUGCUUUCUUUUAUCUCAGACUGACCGCGGAUGUUGACCCUGAUCUGGAAUCUGAUGAAGAUUAGCUGAGCAGCAAUCAAUGCGUUGUAAGGAGAUAAUUUUUUGAAAGCACCUCUUGGGACCGGUGCUUUCUGAAAUACUGAAACUACAACAUCUUGAAUUCUUUUUGCUGGUAUUUUCAGUUUGCAGAUAUAUCUUUUUAAAUAGUUGCAUAAUAUGUCAAGAAAAGAACCUUAACCUAGCAAUGUAGCAUACUGUAUGCUACCAAAUACCUUUAUAAAUCUUUCUACUUUGACAGGCAACCUGUUCAUGGUGCAUUUAAAUAAAAUGGAAAACAGAUCCCAAAUCUUCAGAUGUGUCAGCCAACCUAUGUGUAUUACUCCAUCACUUACAGAUUACUAAAUCUGUUUUUGUUCCACCUAUAUAUGAGAAGUAAAAGUAUGUAUCCUUAUUUACAAAAACAUACUCAAACCACAUUCAAAGCUGAAGAAGGAACGAGAGUCAUGGGAAAUUUUUCAUUUUACAAAAAAGUCCUGCUUUCUUUCCAGACAUAUUUUGCAUCAUUAGAGAGACUAUCUGCACAUACAUCUACAGUAAUCUUUUUCCUCCUUUGCCAACUGCUCAGCGCACAUGUGCUCCAUCCGAAACGGCACCUGGAUGACAGAAGCGCAAAGAGCCACAUAUGUCUCUAAAAUAGAGUUCCUUUCCUCUUAGGCUGUCUAAACUGAUGUAAAUAGAAAGUUCAGUUGAUAUUGAUUUUAAUUAACUGAUUACUCUAUUAAUAUAAACUUGGAAUUCUAUUCUAAUUAUGUUGUUCUGGCUGCUUGCAGCAUCGGUUUGCUCUUCUUGUUAGGGAGGUAUGUCACAAUCUGACGUGUAAUUGUGCAGUCCCCUUCCCAUAACAAUAACAGAAGUCCUGCCUCCUCAGAGUGAUCUUCGUGGUUUAUCUCUUAAAGCGGAACAGUACAAAGUUGUUUCAAAAAAUUACAUUUUGUCUCUUGUCAGAUGAUCAUGUAGAACUCUUUCAUGAAAAAUAAACAGAAUAAAAUAAGUCUCAUAUUACUUGCAUACGCAGUUUUCUGUUUACAUAAUUUUUUCAAGGUAUUUUGCAUUUGUUGCAAUAUAAUGACACAUAUAUUCAAUAUUUUUACUGGUAAUUGAAUUUUUCCAUGUUUUUAGAGCACAUGAAUGCAUAAAGCUUAGAAAAUGGAAAAAUGGAAAAACACACAUUUUGCAGUAUUGUUAGCCACUACCUUACAUACAGUUUUAUAGAAAAUGAAUAGUGUGAAACAUGUGCAUGGUGUUUUAUAAUGCACACAUUGUAUUUAUGAAGAGUAAAUAAAAUGUUAAGAUUGCUUCCAUACUUGCCAAGAGAAGAAAGAUUUCAUAAAUACCCUCCAUAUUCUUUGAGACUUCUGCAAAUAGUUGAUGUGACUGUAGCAUUAUGUUCUGCAGAAUGUUUUCAAGU